GAGAUCGGUAUACAUACUUAAAAAUAUGUAUACGCACACUGUACACACGUUUAUUUACUCGAAACUAGAACUACGAUUUAUUCAUCAAUUAUAAUAUGAUAAUCGCGAGGUAAUUAUAUAUCUUAAUUGUUUACCAAGUGAUUAUUUUUUUUUCAUUUUUUUUUUUUGCUCCACACGACGUUAAAUAACAAUAAUUAAUUCGCUGUGUGACGCUUAUGAAUCCAGCUUAUUCAUAAAUCUGUGACCUUUUUUCUUAACCCCCGGAUGGCAUGUUGCGGAAAAGAAUUUUUAAUCUCUUUUUCCAUUAAUUGAAAAUCUUGAUUCGUUCGCGAUUAAUCUCAAACGUAUAAGAUUAUUUACCGACUAGAUUAACCCAGGAAUAUUUUCAUAUGCUAAACAAUCGAAAUAAAUUCAUUCGAGUGUAUAUACCUUCCCCUCGUGUGACUCCGCGUGUUCGAAACGUGUGGUAAAUAAAACGCACCUUCGACUCUGAGGAUAAAAAAAAAAAAAAAAACAAAAAGGAAAAAGUGAUAGCGACGUGGCGCGAGAAGAAAGGGAAGAAAAUCACGACAAGUUCGACAUGUGGUUGGCCGUUACCUGCCUCCUGAUAGCCCUCGGGAUAAAAUUAAUAACCGGGCGGAAAGGGAGGGGACGUUUUCCGCCAGGCCCUAGGGGCCUGCCGUUGGUGGGCAACAUACUCGACCUCAAACGUCUCGUCGAGGAGACGAAAUUCCACUACAGAGCGUGGAACAGACUGGCCGAAUCGUACGGGGCGAUCGUCGGCCUGAAAUUGGGUCUCUCCGAGCCGAUGAUAAUCGUCUCGGGGAAAGAAGCUGUCACGGAAAUUCUGAACAGGGAGGAAUUCGACGGACGUCCGGACGGAUUUAUAUUCCGUCACAGGACACAGGGCGUCCGUAGGGGCGUCAUAUUCACGGACGGGACGAUCUGGAAGGAGCAGAGAAGAUUCGCCGUGAAAAAUCUGAGGGAAUUCGGCUUCGGGAAAAGGACCAUGGAGAACAUGAUCGUCGACGAGGCUCUGACGUUGGUCAAAAUUAUAGAAAGAAAAUCAAAAUCGCGAACUAUUCGAAACGUGAACAAAAUCGCCACCGUCGCUGUGCUCAACAGUCUCUGGUGUCUGACCUCCGGUAUAAGGUACGAUCAGGAAAAGGAAGACGCUGGGCUCGAGGAAAUGUUGCAGACGAUAGACGACGUUUUUAAGGACUCGGACGUCUCGGGGGGAAUCAUAACUUAUUUUCCAUUUUUGAGAUACCUCAUUCCCGUUUAUUCCGGAUUCAACGCUAGAAACGAACGCCAGAACAGACUGUGGGAUUUUUUCGGAAAAUUCGUCGCCGAGCAUAAAAUUUCGCGUAAAAAAGGAUCGACCGAAGAGCCCAGAGAUCUGAUAGACGCUUACCUUGCGGAAAUCGAAUCGCAACCACCGAAUUCUGAGUCAUCGUUCAACGAACCCCAGCUGAUCGCUCUCGUCAAGGAUCUUUUCACGGCCGGCGUUGAGACUACGAGUAACACUGUAGGUUUCGGGCUACUCUACCUGGUAGCUAAUCAAACGGUUCAGGAAAAAAUACACGAGGAAAUCGACCGAGUGAUCGGCAGGGAUUCGCCGCCCACGUUGGAAAUGCAAAAUAGGAUGCCGUAUUUGAACGCUACGAUCGCGGAGGUAUUCAGACUUUCGAACGUCGGCCCUACGACCAUACCUCAUCGGGCGAUGGCGGACACCGAGCUCCUGGGUUACGAGAUAAAGAAGAAUUACGUAAUACUGCCGAAUCUGCACAGCGUGCACAACGACAAAUCCCACUGGGGUGAUCCGGAAAAUUUUCGACCCGAAAGAUUCUUGGACGAAAAUGGUAACUUCCAAAACGAUCCCUGGGUCAUGUCGUUCAGCGCGGGGCGCAGAAAAUGUCCGGGCGAAAAAUUGGCGAGGAACAGUUUGUUCCUUUUCCUCAGUUGCCUGCUGCAAAAAUUCCGAUUCGAAUCACCCCACGGCGAAACUAUACCCUCCCUGGACGGCGUCAACGGAUUCACGAUUUCACCGCCGAAUUUCAACGCGGUCGCCGUAAUCAGGUGACGAAUACUUUAGCGUCGGGUAGCGCGUCUGAUCUCGUUCGUUAGCGAAGCCAAAUUCGACGAGGAAUAUAGGCGAAUGGACGUUCGGAGAAAUUAGGAUAGACGAAUAAAUGUAACGCCGAAAUUGGCCGAACUCUGGUGGGUUUUUAGAGCUGAUAUAAAAGGAGAAUUAAUAAUCAAGUAAAUAACUGAAUAUGGAUGUCGAUGGUAAGUUUUUCACGAUUUUACGUGCUGUUAAUAGGCAUGUCAUUUGAUGCACAUUAUACGAUUACCGGAUCCCGUCCCGUGCUCUCGGUUGAAUAAAAAACUGUUAAUUAAUACGUUUCGUAAAAAAUUCAUCAUAAAAAUGAUACUGUUAAUAUACGGAGUAUUAUACGGUGGAGUCGUUCGGAUGGUUGCGAAAUUGGCAAUAAUCGCGAAUAUAUAUACCACCCGUUUCAAGUAACUAACUAAUUACAAUUCAAAUUUAGUUACACCACGUAUCGUGGGGAACGACACGUGAGCCAGAGAAAACGAUAUUGAACAGAAACGAUUUCUCGGAUCGUCCCGCGCGAGACAAGGCCGUAUUUAUCAUCGUCAGUCCUCGUUCGCGAUUGGAAGGCAAUCAAAUCGGUGAUACCCAUGUAAAUUAACGCGACGCGUACUUUUUAACUUU